AUGAAGGUUGGGCCCAUCCCAGAUGCUCUGCUGGAUUUUGGCACUGCAGGAAUGCACUUGUUGGACAUGCAGAACGCUGUGCUAUUGUGCUGUGUCGGCAGCCUCACCCAGUACCCGCAGCAGGCCGGGGAUGGGCUGGAUGAGGCCACCCUGGAGCGCAUGCAGCAGCGUGCUGAGUAUCUGGAGCAGCAGAUGACUCAGCUGAUUCAGGAGCUGGAGCAGAUGAAUCAAUGUGAUCCAGACAACCGUGGCCACAAGGAGAGGUCCCGCAGCAACUUGGUGGAGGAGGAAGAAAGACGGAACGUUGUUGGAAAUGUGGAAGAGCGCAAUGUCGAUGACAAGCAGGAGAUGGCUAACGGAGAAGAAGACGAUGGUAUCAAUGUGCAAAGGAAGCUUGGAAGCCUUUUAGAGGAGGGCAUACAGGAGUUGCCUGUUCUGGAUCUGGACAAAGGAUUCUCCAUGAUCGUGGACCUGGUGGACAAACUCAUCCACGUCUUUGGAGAAGGCUUGUCCAACAGUUUCUACCCGGUGCCACAACCAGCCAUGGGAGUGGGCAGCACCUUUGAAGGCUGCAGUCCCCAUGCACAAGAUGUUGUGUACCGUUUGCUUGUUCCCCUGAGUCCCCCUCCAGGACAUGCCUUCCACCUGGAGCUGGACACUGCAGGAGUGGUCCAGAGGAACUUCUGUGUCCGUGUAGAGCGGGUGUGCACCUGCAGGAGGGAGAGGCUGGAGGAGGACAUGCUGUGUUUCCUCCACCACCCCGAGGAGGAGCUGAGAAGGAAACAGGACCCCAGCCUCCUGCACACCCUGUGCACCGGCUGCUAUCUAGAUGUGGAGAAAACUGUCCACUGGUUCUAUGGGUUUGUGAGAGUCGCCUGGCUGCUGUUGCCUGAAUCGUGCCACUGGCGUUUAAGGUUGCAGCCCUCCAGCCGCUCCUGCAAAUUUCAGCUGAGCAAAGACAAGGAAAGCUUCACGGUUGAGAUGUUCUUUGCCGUGCAACAAGGAGACUCAGAUGUCUUUGUGAGCAGCCAGCCUACAGAAGUAGGCAUCCCAAGCACAACGUGGCUGGAGACUUACGCCGUGGCAGAGGCAAAAUUCUUCAGGCACAUUUCCAGACAGGUCUCCAGCCUGCAGCUCCUCACGGGCUUCCUGAUGGGUGUAGGUUUCUCCAGCUGUGUCCUGAAGACAGUGGUGAUCCACCUCCUGAGCACUGUGUCCCUGACAGGGUGGGGCAGGAGUGAUUUUGGGCAGCGAGUGAUGGCAAUCCUGAAGUCCCUCCGCUGCUCACUGGAGAUAAAACAGCUUCACCACUUUGUCAUCGGCAAUGAGAGCUUUCCUACGGAGAUCAGCUUGCCCUCUGGCUUCCAGGUGGCUGUAGCACCCAGUCUCCUAGAGCACCUGGCCAGAAAUCCAGAUACCCAAAGGAAGGCCGUGCAGGACUACAAUUGCCUGCAGCACCGGUUUGAACAACUGCUCAUCCACAGCCAUUGGAAGAGAUCGUGGUGCACAGAGCUGUGCCUGUGGGGCCUCUUGACAGACCCUGUAUAUAUUAACCUCCCGUAG